AAAACCUGCCGGGUUGGCGAGCCGGACUUUAACAUCACUCACAGCUUUAAUGUACACGAUCAUAAAGUCAGCGGAGCAUUAAUAUCUCAAUGGCCAGAGUUUUAUGGCUUUAUCUUGUGUAACUGAAAGUCUGUUCAGCCGCCGCGCUUUGAGUUCCCUGCUCUUUCCAGAAGGAAUCACUUUAUUGUUCUCAGCUCUGCGUGUGUUUGUGAAGUGAACUGUGUGGGAAACAAGGAUGGCGGUGUCUAAAUCUACACUAUCGAUCGUUUUUAUAGUUCUGGGAGGUCUGGCGGUUUUAUUCGGGACUGUGCUGGUGUUUGUCGGACCUAUUAUAAUAGACGAUCAGAUAGUGAAGAAUGUAGAGAUCAACCCAAACAAUGGACUCUCGUACACUAUGUGGAAGGACAUCCCGGUUCCCUUCUUUAUGUCCGUAUAUUUCUUUCACAUUGUCAACCCUGAUGAAAUCCUAAAAGGAGAAAAGCCCGCGGUGGUACAGAGGGGGCCGUAUGUGUACCGCGAAAAGCGCUGGAAGGACAACAUCACGUUCCAUGACAACCACACCGUCUCGUAUAAAGAAUUCCGGCAGUAUUUCUUCGAGGAGAGCAUGUCUGUUGGAGACGAAUCUGACGUGGUCACCAUCCCUAACAUGCUAGUGCUGGGUGCGUCGGUGAUGAUGGAGAACAUGCCCUUUCCUUUACGCUUGCUGCUCAGCUCCACGUUCAAGACCUUCAACGAGGGACCUUUCUUGACGAAACCAGUCGGAGAACUCAUGUGGGGCUACGACAGCCAGUUGGUGGACUUCCUGAACAAAUACCUCCCUGGGAUGCUCCCAACCAGCGGGAAGUUUGGCUUAUUCGCUGAGUUUAACAACUCCAACACGGGACAGUUCACGGUCUUCACUGGUCAAGACGACAUCCGGAAAGUUCAUAAGGUGGACUCCUGGAACGGCAUGAAAAGCGUGGAUUACUGGAGGACUGAACAGUGUAACAUGAUCAAUGGUACAGCGGGUCAGAUGUGGCCUCCGUUCAUGACUGAAGAGACGACGAUGCCCUUCUACAGCCCUGAUGCGUGCAGGUCCAUGGAGCUGGUGUACCAGAGGCCAGGUGUGUCGCGGGGGAUUCCCGUGUACCGCUACGUGGCUCCAAAGACUCUUUUUGCCAACGGUGCAGAUUAUCCUCCCAAUGAGGGCUUCUGUCCAUGUCGACAGUCCGGCCUUCUCAACGUCAGCACCUGCAGACACAAGUCCCCUGUGUUCAUCUCCCAUCCACACUUUUUUGAGGCUGAUCCUGUCCUUUUGGACACAGUUGAUGGACUGAGCCCAAAUGAAGAAGAACAUGGGCUUUUCAUCGAUAUCCACCCGGAGACCGGCGUGCCAAUGAACGUCUCCAUUCGGCUGCAGCUCAACCUGCUCAUCAAGAGCGUGUUUGGCAUCUCGGAAACAGGAAAGAUAGCUGAAACGGUGAUGCCCAUGAUCUGGUUUGAAGAGAGCGGCUACAUUGACGGUCCCGUCCUCAACACGUCCCGCACUAAUCUGGUGGUGCUGCCCAUGAUCAUGGAGUACAUGCAGUACAUCUUCAUCGCUCUCGGACUCGCAGGCAUUUUUGGAGCCGUGAUAUUAUACAUCACUGACAAGAAAGCCAAGAAAGAGACAGUGUCUCUCACACAAGGGGAAAGCGUAAAAGAUACAAAACACGACCCGACCAAUGAGACGCAGGCUGAAAAAUAUAGCAUGAACGACACAGGUAAAAAGUAGGAUGGAUGGUCAGCCCUGCACAGAUGUGGACCCGUCCAGCUCAGCCACAGAAAAGACCCCAUUACUACAGACCCCAGCAAGCUAAAGUCCCUAUCCACAUCACAGCCUGCUUUCACAAACUCACCAUCCACUGGACAACUAAUAAAAGUCAUACUGAAUGCUGGACUUGAAUGAAGUGGUUUAAGUCCAGACUAUUCUGUGUGCUCAAGGGAUCUGAUGUGGAGUGAGGACAUUUACUUGUUCAUUCUGUCUGUUUGUUGCCCAUUGCUCAUUUUUAAAGGUUAUUUUUUUGACACUUGAAAUACUUGACAAAAUACACUAGACAUUGAAUUUCAAAUGGUGCAUUUAUAUUAAAAAACAAAAGAAACACGACUAUAUUGUCAAAUCACUCCAUACUGUUUUCUCAGAAGGAAAAAACACUUACUUGUUCUUUGAUCUUGUACGCUUGAACCUUCAUCCUGUAAGGAAAUGCCAUGAACACUGCAUGACAAUAACGUGCCAUCGAAUGAAAUAUCCUCUGAAAGCAGAAGAAAUGCUGAGCCAUCACAGUCCUUAAUACGUUUCCUGUAUUCUGUCUCUUAAUGCACUUCUAUUGUAAUAGAUCUAAAAUGUUCCUUAAUGA